GUUUCCGGUUGCAAGCGCUCUUUCUUUCUCGAUCAACACAUCAAGAUGGGUAUAAGCCGUGAUAGUUAUCACAAGAGGCGGGCCACUGGUGGCAAGAAGGCCGCCAUCCGCAAGAAGAGGAAGUAUGAGUUAGGACGCCCGGCUGCCAACACUAAGAUUGGAGCUACCCGUGUCCACUUUGUGCGUACCCGUGGUGGAAACCGAAAGUUCCGUGCCCUCCGUCUUGAUGCCGGCAACUUCGCCUGGGCGUCAGAAGGAACCGCCCGCAGAGCUCGUAUUAUCGAUGUGGUGUAUAAUGCCUCGAACAACGAGCUGGUUCGAACCAAGACCUUGGUCAAGAACGCCAUCAUCGUGAUCGAUGCUACUCCCUUCCGUCAGUGGUAUGAAAGUCACUACCUGCUGCCGUUGGGAAAGAAGCGUGAGGUCAAGUCCGGUGAGGAGGAUGUGCUGUCGAAGAAGCGCAGCAAACGCGUCCUCAAGAAAUACGUCAAACGACAGAAGACCGCCAAGCUUGACCCCGCUUUGGAGGAACAGUUUAACGCUGGACGUCUGCUGGCCGCCAUUGCUUCCCGCCCAGGACAGAGUGGUCGCGCCGACGGUUACAUCCUCGAAGGCAAGGAACUGGAAUUCUACCUGAAGAAGAUCAAGAACAAGAAAUCGAAGUAAGAUCUCGGACGGUACGGAGGUGUGUGAAAGAGGGGUAUAAUGGCGCCAUGUGUUGGCCGGGUGUAAACGCGACGAUCAUGUUUACUCGCUACACAAGUUGAGCGUUUCUCGCAAGAUGUUAGCAACCAACAGCAACGUUCCAGAAGUUAAGGAAACUAUUAAAAUAAAAAAGUAAACAUAAAAACUGAA